UUACAUUGUGUGUAAUUAACCUGAAGGGACUUGCUGCUGGCAGAGUAAUCGAGUCCAACCAAGUCCAGGAGGAUUCAGAGAAGAUUGAACAUUUAUGUAAAUAAUGAGAACAAAUAUAUGAGAUUCAAAACACAAGACAUUAUUUUUUGUGAUUUAGGGAUGAAGCAAACAUGUCCUGCAGCUGAGAAGAGUCUUUUCCUUUAGGCUUGUUAUUCUGAAUGUUAUGUGUGUUAUUUCUUCACCUUCCUCUAUAGCAUCUGGUUAGAGGAGGGAAAACCUCUAGUUUAGUUUAAAAUUACAAUUGUUAUGUGUGGCUCUUUAUAAAGUUCUGGUUUCAAUUUGUUUGCAGCAAAUGUUUAAUGAGGGAGAAUAAGAUUGAACACAGGUACUUAUCAAAAGAAUCAUGAGGACUUUAAUGCCCGGGAGGUGUCAGGGCCAUACUGCCACAUGGUACAGGAGUUGGGUGUGGGCUGGUUUUCCAGCAGCCCUGCUACCUCCUCCUGGUUCAGGAGAACUCUGGGUGCUCAGAUCUUGCUCUUUUUUUAUGUGUGUAAAGCAAAAGUUUGCAUCUGUGCAGUUUUAGACUCUGCAAAAGUAGGAAUUGUGUGGGUUGCCCUUUGCUUUCCUCCAUUCAGCUUCACAAUAGCUACUUCAGUAAUGAGGCAGCUUGAGCAGAGCAGGGUACUCUACAUAUGGGCUCCUCGGGCAUUUUUUUGUUUGCUUUUGUUGUCACUUCCAAGCAUUGUGCUGAAAUAUGUAAUGUUCUACCUACUGUAACCCUUCAGGCCUUUUCUCAGAUCUGUGUGCCACCAUGGGACCUCUGAGGGUAGGACUUUCAGCAGACUUUUUUCUGGCCUCUCACAUUUAUCUCCAUUUAGUUGCAUAAACCAUCUGCUGCACAUCAGAAUGUAGCUUGCCUUCAGCAGCUUUGGCAAUCAAAAAGAGAUUUUGGCAGCUCCACCUCAGGUGUGAAGCUUUGUGCCACUUUGCAUGGUGACAUUUACUAGCCUUUUGCUCUUCUGGGUUGCAGACUGAUGGAGUUCUGACUUUUUCCUGUGCCACCUCCAUGGCUGUCCUGCACAAUGCUAUGACAGCAGCCACCAGUGCUGCCCCUGGGCCACAAUGGCACUAAGGAGGUGUAGGCAUUUCAAGUGCUUUUGUGGAGUAAUCCUGUUAUUAUAGUGUAUUUCAUCUAUUUUUUUUCUCUUAUAUUCUUCCCAUUUUUUUUGGUUUGAAAGCAGUUUAAAGGAUUAUUUUAUUUUCCCCUCCCACCCCCUCACCUACUUUGUACUUUCUCCCUACGGAGACUCAGCCUUUCUUCCACUCAGCAGCUGUUUUUUCUGGGGAGUGCAUGGGCUCUCUGUGCAAGUGAAACAGCAUGUUUUUAUUACUAAGUGGCAUUCUCCAUUGAAAGAUCUCAGAAUGACUGAACAAUAUGGAAUGACUGAAUGCCUUGAGAUAGCCCCUGGCCUUCAAACUGGAGACUUGUGGUAGAUCUCAUUAGACUGCCAGAUCCCAGUGGCUCUGUGUUAGUAUCUAUAAAUCCUAAAGCAGAAAUGGACCAUCAUGUUAGAGCUACCUAGGGUUUUAUUUCUUUCUAAAUAUAGUUCAUGCCCCACGCAAGCUUGCAUGUAUUGAGUAAAUGGAGUUUUUGUUUUGACUCGAAUUGAGUGCAGAAUGUCCUUCAGUUGUUUAGAGGAUUCCUGUGGAUAGAACUUGUCAGAUGAGGUUCACAACAUUUCAGAGAUGUGUUGGUGUUGGGAUGCAAACAAGUCAGUGCACUCUUCUGGAUUAGCUGUUGUCUUCAGUGCAAAAUAAAUUAAUUAACUAAAUACUCCUGAGGGGCACUUGAAACCUGGCUUUAAUAUUCCAUGCAAAUACAGCAAGAAAAUUAUUAUGAAGGUAUACCUCUGCUUUUGUUUGCUUGGUUUGUAGUAAUCCCUGGCUGUACUUCUGAUACAUUUUGUGUUUCUUAGAGUAGAAACCCUUUAGGGCAGGGCUGGUGCCUUUGGUUUGGAGAUGGCAGCCCAUUGUGCUGCUGUUGGAAAUGCCCCAUGAGUAACAGCAACGUGUUUCACUUGGAAGGCAGAUCUUAGGCCUUUGCAUUCCUUCCAUGGAGUGCUUCGGAUUGAUUCUGGCUGUGCUCCAGGCUCCUGGCUCUCUGGAGCAGAGAAAAUGUGAAUGAACUCUUGCACACUUACUUAAAGCAUGAGGCUUGCAUUCUUCCUGCAAAAACAGGCACUUUGUUCAGGAAAACAUCAGGUGGUCAGAGAGAACAGGACAGGGAAGAGCAGAAGUAUGCUAUUAACUCCUGGUGGGUAGUUAAACAACAACCCCCUCAAAAAAGAAGAAAAAUCAAACCAGUGUGGACAACUUCUGAUUUAUCUGGCAUUUUUUCUUUUUUUCUUUUUCCCUUUACUUGCAAGCUAUACUUACUUUGCAUUCUGACUCAGUACUUCCACAUAAUUAUGUGUUUUGAUUUAUGUCCAUUGCCUAAGGAUUUCAGUCCAAGUGCAACACAGCGUUCUUAAACCAAAGCACAAAUAUCUGCAGAGGGUUCAGGGCCAGCUCACACUGCUUGUGCUGGGGCAGAAGAGGAGGGCUCACCCCUGGUGCUGCAGUUAGGAGAAGGCACAUCUGUGUAGUUGCAUGGUAGUUCAGUUGUCACAGCCUCUGUUGGUCCUGUGAAAUGCAGGAUUUCUCAUAAACUACCUGUACAGCUGGGACAAGGAUGUAGCCAUGGCUUGCAGACACACGUGUGGCCAAACACUGUCACUCCCUGGCUCUGCAGGGGGGUGUGUGCAGGACAGGAACACCAGGGCACACCAUGCUUCAUCCCUUGUGGUGUCUAGAUAAUAUAGUAAAAAUGCAGUUUGGCCUGGACUAAUGAUUGAGUUAAUAUUUUUGGACUCUUUCAGCACAUAAAUAAAUAUUCAAGCUGGUAACACUUAAUAUUAGGAAACAUUAGCUUCCUAUUACUGCUUUUUCUACUCAGACCCCACCCUGAAGAGGCCUCUUAGUUUCAAAACAAAGGGUAGUAAAAAGCACAGCCAUGGAAAUGAAGUUUAUAAUGCAGUUUAGGUAUGUUUCCAUGCUACAAAAGUGGCUACUGACUGCUAACCCAUUUCUUCUUAAAAGCUUAGAAAAGUUUGUCAUUAGGGAUUGCUCACAUUAUUAAUGAUAAUUAAUUAUUAUGAGACAUGUAACAGCAUUUCUUGGGUAUUUGUUGUUCCACAAAAAUACCUUCUUCAGUUUAUUUAAAAAUAUGAAUCAGUCUUCUGCUAAAUAUUUUCUCCUCUGUCAGAAGGCAUGUCAUCUCCCCUCACCUACAGGUUUAAUUUCCAACUAUUCAUACUAUUAGUAAUUUAUCACUCUUGCCUUGUUGCUAACACUGGAUACAGUGGCAGUUUACACUGAUUUCCUGACUCGGUAUAAAUUUAAUUUCUGUGUCUGCUUGAGCAAGCUUUACAGUGUGAAAGGAAAGCCAACAAUACAAUUAGGAUGAAUAAAAGCAUUUUGGGUUAUGUAAUAUGCAUUUGUGCUACUAUUAUGCAACAGAAUUAUUACUUGUGGCAUCCUUAAAUCCAUUUUCAAUUUAGCACUGUUGCCUGCCUCAUACAGGACCUUCUUUGUUUCUACUGACUGAGCAGAAAGUGAUGAUGAGCUCCAUAAUUAAUUUAAAUUACAUUUCUGGAAGGAGGUAAAAAAUAGUGUGACUUGUCACAGGACAAGUAUUCUGUUGGUAGUCAAAAAUCAUGAUACCAUAUGAAAUCUGUCUGACUGUGUUAGUGGUAAUAUCAAUCAUCCCCUCUUUUUGCUACGCUUGGUAUUUAUUAAAAAAUGACAGCAUAUUUCAGCAUUUUUCAUGAAAGAAACAUGGCAAAGGGCUUUGUUGGCCACUGUUUCACAAACAUUUAAAUAAUAGCUUUUCUCUGGCAUUUCUUAGGGUAGGCAGAGAGUUGUCAUUUUUAACAUCAAGGCAGCUUAGAAAUAUUGUGUAUAAAUGCAGAAUUUGCUGUGCUAUGAGAUUGAACCUGUCAGUAUUUGUCAGAUGGCAGGUGCACUGUACCUAUCCCUGUAAUCUAUAAUCAGAAUCACAAGAAGCUGUUUCAGACUCAAGUGAAAAGUUUGAGCUGCCACCUUUUAUACUUGUUUUCUUUGCUCAGCACCUCUUCUCCCUUGUGGUUCCCUGUAAAGGUUCCUGGGUGCUUUGGCACUUCCAGAUUUCCAGGGCAGAGUGGAAGCUGUGAGAGUGUGGGGAAAGAGGAAGAGGAGUUAGAUAAAGCCUGUGAACAGAAGCAGUAAUAACUGUUUCUGGGGCAAAGGGGAGCUGCCCCAGCUGCCUUUACCUCCUUAAGGACCUUCUGUAAUCCAUACCUGGAAAAGCUGUUAGUAGUUUUCACAAUUAAUCACUUGCUUUACGCAAGUCCCAGGUGACUUCGUAGAGCUCUUCUCUCAGGGAGACACUGUGUAACACUUCCUUUGGCUCCAGAAGUCAAAAUAUUUUAGAAAAUGAGCUGAUUGUACAGCCAAAAUGGGCACUAAAACCCAUUUCCUUGCCUUCAUCCUGGUGCUCUGUUCACUUAGCUGUUUAUUAUUUUAAAUAUUUAUUUACUGCUUGGUUUGGAGAUUGGGCAUUUUGGUGUUUCUGGGCACUGAAGAGAGGAGGAUACUGAGUUUUACAAAUAAUUUUCUUUUACUACAGAAUGGCUUUGGAAAGAUACUUAGUAUGGGACACCUUUAUUUACUGGAUUGUAAGAGUGUUUGUAGUAAAUGUCAUUUGAUGACAGAUGUACCACCAACCAUGUAAGAUGCACAUGACUAAGAGUCUUACCUGACUUACUGGUUUCUUUUUCUUGCUUUUCAGUUUCAAAUUAGGAACUUGCUAAGCUUCAGUGUCCAAUCAAAACCACCACAAGGAAUAUUUCAUAAUACAAGUUAUGAAAAUAAUACAUCCCUGGCAUGCCUGAGAGGGUACAGGGUUGUGGUGAACUGCAGAUCUGUGGAACACGACAAACAGAAAAGAAACAUCAAUAAUCUGAUGAUUCAGGUUCAGUUAGCUCAAUGAUGACACUGAGUCAGAGGAGAGAAGAGGGUGAGAGGCCUUGUAUUGGUUUUGGCAAAAGUCUUCCGAGCAAGAGAGGUGAGAGGCAGGAUGAGAGGGAGCUUUUUGUAGGUAGGAAGCGACGAGAAGGUAAAUGCAUAGAUUGUACAAGUUAGAGAUGGAGAUCUGGAGCUGCUCAGGUGAUUUUUUUCUUUAUUUAGAAACCUUGUAUGCUGCACAGUGAACCUCCUGGGUGACUUGAUUCUCAGUGAAUAAUAUGGCUAUGUUCCUUGCUGCACAGAUGCUUCUGAGUGGGUAAAUUCAGAGCAAGAAUUUCUAUGUUCCCAGGGCUGGAUAAGAUCCAACAUUUCUAAGGCCUGCACAGAGCCAUUUUAACCUAGACCUCUUUGAAGAUUCAAUUUAUAAUGCACUUGCUAAAACUCCUUUAGAUGCAUGCAGGGAGAGGCGAUUUGUGAAUUUGGCUUCUUUACUUUUGCUUAGAUUUAUGUAGAGCUGGUCCCACAAAAUUCACCGAUACCCAAAUGAGUCAAAAUUUGCCUCGCCUCAGAAGGUGUGAGAAUGCACAGCUCAGCACCACGGAACUUAUUUCUUGUUUCUUAUUUUCCCCAGAGUGACUUUAAGUAGCUGCAAGGUGUCUGAGUGAAAAGGUUCUGACUGAGCAGCAGCAUCUGUGUAAGAGGCUUUUUUCCUUUUCUCUUUUUCCCCUCUAAAUCUGCCCCACAGCUUUUGUGACUGUUUGCCAGCACUGCAGACAGAUACCAGCCAGGCUGUGAGCUUGGAGGAGAAAACAAGAAUGCCUUUUGUGUCAUGAUCAUGGAAUUAAUUGGUCCUGGAAACUGUGGAUCGCUGCCAAGAACGGCAAGGGUUUGUUGGCGCUCAUGAAGCUGGGAAAUGAGAUGGCAGAGCUUUGGUGAAGGAGACCAGUUACCCCCAGAGCACACUGUCAGACAGUAUGAAACAUCCAAGAUCAGGGCUAUAAAAGCUGGAACUUUGGAGAAACUGGUGGAGAACCUUCUCACAGCUUUUGGAGAUGCGGAUUUUUCCUACAUCAGCAUCUUCCUUGCAACAUACAGGGCCUUUGCUUCUCCCAGGGCAGUGCUGGAGCUUCUUCUGGACAGGUUUGGAAACCUGGAGACCUCAAGCCAAGGAGAAGUGGCAAACCUGAAUUCCUUGGAAUCUGAGAUGGUACUCAGGGCUGAAAUAGCAUCAGUCUUACGGGCCUGGCUUGAUCAGUGCUCGGAGGAUUUCAGGGAGCCCCCUGACUACAUGUGUUUGCUGAAGUUGCUGGAUUAUCUGAAGAACAAUAUGCCCAAUUCUGACAUGGAGAGCAGGGUGCAGAACCUCUUGAAGCAGUUUCAGAACCAAGAAGUAGAAGCUGUUGAUGGGUUUUGUAGCACUUCCUCCAGUGACCUGGUUGAUGGAGAGGAACUGGACAUCAGCAAUCCAGAAGAAUUCUCCUCUUUUCAAGACCACGUUGUGGCAGAACAGUUGACAUACAUGGAUGUGAUGCUCUUCAGAAGAGUUGUGCCCUACCACUGCUUGGGGUCCAUCUGGUCUCAAAGGGAUAAGAAGGAAAACAAGAACCUGGCUCCAACUGUCAGAGCCACCAUCACUCAGUUCAAUGCAGUCACCAAAUGUGUCAUCAGCACUAUCCUGGGGACCAGGGAGCUCAAAAUCCAGCAGAGAGCCAAGAUCAUUGAGAAGUGGAUUCAUAUUGCACAUGAAUGCAGGAUCCUGAAGAACUUCUCCUCCUUGAGGGCCAUCAUUUCAGCUCUGCAGUCCAACUCCAUCUAUCGGCUGAAGACCACCUGGAUGUGUGUUUCCAAAGACAUCCUGCUGAUGUAUGAAGAGCUGUCUGACAUCUUCUCAGACCAUGACAACUAUCUGACAAGUAGGGAGCUGCUGAUGAAGGAAGCAACAUCCAAAUUUGCAAAUCUGGACAGCAGUGAGAAAGAAAAUCAGAAAAAGUCACAGAAACGACUGCAACUUCAAAAAAACAAGGGAGUGAUGCAAGGCACAGUCCCUUACCUUGGCACCUUCCUGACUGAUCUCAUCAUGCUUGACACGGCCCUUCAGGACUAUGUUGAGGGUGGCCUGAUCAAUUUUGAGAAGAGAAGAAGGGAAUUUGAAGUCAUUGCCCAGAUCAAGCUCCUGCAAUCUUCAUGCAACAGCUAUUGCCUGAUACCAGACCAAAAAUUCAUCCAGUGGUUCAGGAGGCAGCGACACUUAACGGAGGAGGAGAGUUACAAACUCUCACGUGAGGCUGAAGCAGCUGCUGAUACCAACAUCCUGUCUCCAAAAUCCCAGAAAAGCAUGGUGAAGAGGAUCAGCACACUUUUUCUGGGCACUGAUGUGUUCACCCCACCCAAAGAACAACCCCUGAAGAGCUCUCCUGUAGGAGGGAGCUCCGGGGAAAGCACGGAUUCAGCCAGUGUUUCAUCGUGUGAGUUUAAUCACUCUGAAACUGAGGAUGUGUGUGUGACUCCCAUCUCCAGUCCUGAGGACCCUCUGAAAAAGAUCUCUGGCUACUCCUUAUCCUCCUGUUCUCCUGACUCUUCCAUGAGCACGCCUUCCUCAGGGGUGUCAUCUUUACCCUCAUUCCUGCUGGCCUCCACCGACGACAAGAGCUCCGUGGGCUCUGACAAGGGCUAUGACUCUGACAAGGGCUCCAUCAGCUCUGACAAGGGCUCUGGCUCCAGCAAGGGCUCCAUCUCUGACGCUGGCUCAGGCUUGGACAGUGGCUCCAUCCCCUCCAGGGACUCGGGCUCGGUGCCGAGCGGUGCCCCCAAAGCGCUGCCCGUGUACAACCGGCAGAGCGAGGGCUCCUGCAUCAUCCGGGUCAGCAUGGACGGGCUCCAUGCCAGCGUCUACAAGAGCAUCCUGAUAACCAACCAAGACAGAAUCCCUGACGUCACCCAGCGAGCCUUGCUGAAGCACAACCUCGAGCCUGAUGCAGUUGAAGAUUAUGAGCUCGUGCAGGUCAUCUCUGAGGACAAAGAGCUGGUGUUCCCCCGCGAUGCCAACGUGUUCUACGGCAUGAACAGCCACGUGAACUUCGACUUCAUCCUGCGGAAGAAGGCAGAGCUGCUUGGCUGAGGCUGCACCUGCGCUGCCCUCCCGGGCAUCUCUGGGAGGAAUCUCUGGGAAUCUCUGGGAAUUCCCUGUUCAAAAUGUGCAAUUGGAGCAAUGGGUAGCCCUGGUGCAAAGGCUCCAGGCUGCUGCAUUUGUCUUGAGGACACCCCGUGAGCCAUCUCUGUGAGAAAAGGGUCUCCUUCGUGCCAGUAUUAUACAGAAGAUCAUCUGAACUUAUUUUUAUAGAACUGAAGCAAGUUCUGAGUAUGUCUGCCUGAACCAGCCGAGAAUUUUUUGCACUUGUUCUACACCAGAGAAUGACCCAUUUUGGAUCUUGUUUCCAAAGAACUUUAAAAUGAAUGAACUGCACUUGCCUUUGCGUGAACAUCAUGAAUGGGACAGACAGACACUGCUUUGUGUUGGAUGGAGGUCUUAAUGUCACAACGGGCUGGUUUCCCUUGGACUUGGUUAAGCCAAGGACCAGGACUUGAUGCCUUUUGUGUGCACUCCCAUGUGAUGGAUGGACGUCCUGUCCUCCCAAUGUGCAAUUCCUCUGCUGGAACUGAAAUCUGAAGCUCUUCACAAGCCAUAAGAAAGACGUUGGAUUGUAAGCAACCCUGAUUUGAGACACAUGAAAUACACAGAGCAUUUCUGGUUCUGCUGGUAGCACUGUGCAUCCCUGCACAGAUCUAGGAGCUAUUAUCCAACCAGACAGCUUAGGAUUCUUAAGGAUCAUUGGUUAAAAUAGAGUUUUAUCCAUGCCUGGGCCUUUUACCCCCAGUUCUGUGGCACUAAUUUGCAACACUGGGCUCAGGUAAGUUUUACACUACAUUUGGAUUUAUAACUUCUGUUUACAGGUAGGUAAAACAGACCGACUGUAGGUCUGCUGUACAUCCAAGAGUCCUAUGGCAGGUCCCACAAGCCUGCUGUAGGUCAUAGCCUGAACAAUUUAUGAAUUCCAGUUGUUUGUUAUAGGGUGACGGGGGGGGGGGUUGUUACUGAGCCUUAAACUUUGCCCAGAGUUAGGGCAAAACUAAGUUCAGUUUUCUCUGCUUUUGGUGCCUGUACAGUGCAGUGCCCUGUGUACAUAGCAUAGCUCCUCCUGUAUAUAGUACUGCUCACUCAGAGGGUGUAUGGCAGUGUUAAGCUGAAACAUAAAUGUUCUGGAUUUUAAAAUUACACUUUGCAAAUGUUUAUAUAUGUUAUGUUUUUAACUGCUUACCUGUAAUCUUUAUAUGAUAAGUAUAUAAAUUGUUUUUCAUUAAUA